AUGACGGAGCCCAGCGCGUCCACUUGUGGUGCUGCUGCUGCUGCCUCUGCCUCUGCCUCUGACGAUUCCGAAUCUGCCUCGGUCUUGCCCUCCAACAAGACAACCACCACCCCUCCCCGCCCUCCUCGGCCGAAUCCAGACUCGACUGUCGAUAACAAAGACGGCACCGUCGACGCCCGUCGCUCAUCAUCAUCGUCGCCAUUGCCAUCAUCGUCACACGACAACAACGGCCCACCACAGACCUCGAAAUCUCCCCUCCGCCCCCCGCCCAUCAUCACAGACUCCCUCCCGGCGCCGACCACUGCUCAGCACGAUGCUGCCCUGUCAUCUCCAGACUCCCCGCUGUCCGCGCUGUCAACACCCCCCGAGUCGCCGACCGAUGAUUUCUUCCAGUCCCUCACCUCUGCUGCGCCCAACACCAACGGCCAGACUAACGGCCAGCUCGGCAACGGGCUGACAAAUGGCCAUGCCCGCGACACAGAGACCCCCGAGGACGACAGGCCCGCAAAACGUCGAAGGGUUCGCGACUCUACGCCCCCGCCGCCCGGGUCCAAAACUCGCAAGGUCUUCGAAUCGCCGCCAUGGAAGAAGUUCGAGGCCGAUGGCCCCACCACCAUCAUCGAGGGUGGCAAGCGCAAGUCCGGCCGUCUGAACACGGUCCCUCUCGAGCAGAUGAGCAGUGACAAGAGGAUCACUAGGAAGUCAUACUCUCAGAACAGCCCUCCUUCCAAGCUCAGACAGGGUUCCGCCAACGGUCACGCUGCCGCCAGCCAGUCUGCCAGACAACGCGCCACCCUCACCACCCCCUGCGCAACCAAGUCGGUCCCCACGAGAACGACGCCCCGGAUCAAGCUGCGCGUCAACCGAGUUCCCCUUACCGAACUGCCUCUGGUGCAUCCUGACCGCGCCAAGAAAAAGAGGGUGGCCUCAAAUAUCGAUGAAUACUUCCGCGAUGCCUACAACAUACCUGUGACGGAUGGAGGGCAGCUGAUACCCGAGGAUGAGCCCGUCUUGACCGACGACAUGGCUCUGGCUGAGGCCAAGACGAUCAUACGCAUCGAGGACGAAGCGAGGCCCGAUGGCCUGCUCGGCAACAGCUGUGUCAUAUUCGAGCCCGAGGCCGCCGAGGAGCCGCCGCGACAAUAUGCGCACGUGGAUCACCUGGUCAAAGCUGCACAGAACCUCCGCAAGUGGAUGGUUCGGGAGCAGAAAGAGCAUCGCGACAAGGCCAAGAAGCUGGCCGAGGCGUGCCAGGCGGUAUGGCGAUCUCGACAGCCGAAAUCCAACGAGGAAAUCGAGAGGGAAGCGCGAGACAUGUGGAUCGGGCGGUACCGGACAGUCGUGAAAGCUAUGUUCGGCACCUGGGAGAAUGUGAGGUUAGAGGUGAACCGGCGCCGCAUGGAAGAAUGGGAGGCCGAGGAGCAAAGGCGCGUCAAGGCUGCGCUGCAGGAAGCUGUCUCACGCUCAGAGCAACAACUUCUCGCCAGGCAAGCACAGUUUGACUCGGAUAUGAGCGACGAGGACCUAGAUGAGGACGGCGAACCCCUGGGUUCCGACUCGGACGACAGCCAGAUAUCAGGAGAUGAUGAGGGGUCUGUGGACGGGCCAAGCGACGAGGACAACAUGUCUUCUUCAGAGGAGGAUGACGACCGUAAGUCGGCCGCAUCUGACGAGGGCCUAACUCAAGAGCAACUCAGGGAGAAGUACGCCAAUCUGCCCGACAUCGAGAGCAAGAUUGACAAUAAUGACGGCGGCGACACAUCAAUGGCGGAAGCCCUCAACGAUGAUACAAGUGACGAGUCCGUCGACAUGGAUGACGACAUGGGCUCUUCAGACGACAGCAGCAACGAGAGCGGGUCGGACGACGACGACGACGGAGAUGACAGCGGGGAUGAAGAGGGCCGACCCUCCGGGCUACUUGGUCUGUUCUUUGGUGAGAAGGAGCUGAAGAAACUCCAGGAAGACACGGCCGACAGUGCCGCCGAGCCUGGCGAUGCGCCCAUGACCGACGCUGAUGCCGCUGCGCCCUCCCCCGAAGGACAAUGUCGACACUGCAACUUCUUUCGAGCGUAUGAGCGGCCCGCUCGAAGCAAGCAGGAGCAGAUCAGGUUCUCCUCAUCCCACUGCUCCACGGACAGAGGUGCCUUUCCUCCUGCGUGGCACGCUCCGCGAAUGGGGCUUGGAAAGACUAUCCAGACAAUUGCGCUGUUGGCCCAUCUUGCGUGCACGCACGAGGUAUGGGGGCCGCACCUUGUGAUCGUCCCGACCAGUGUGAUGCUCAAUUGGGAAAUGGAGUUCAAGAAAUGGUGUCCGGGCUUCAAGAUCCUCACAUACUACGGCAACCAGGACGAACGGAAGAGAAAGCGCCAAGGCUGGACGAACGACGACUUCUGGAACGUGUGCAUCACGUCAUACCAGAUUGUCCUUCAGGACGCCCAGGUCUUCAGGCGCCGGAGGUGGCACUACAUGAUCCUGGACGAGGCUCACAACAUCAAAAACUUCAGGUCCCAGAGGUGGCAGACGCUGCUUGGCUUUAACACACAUUCACGUCUCCUCCUGACGGGCACGCCGUUGCAAAACAACCUGACCGAGCUGUGGUCUCUCCUCUUCUUCUUGAUGCCCUCGGAGAACGGCGUCGGUGGCUUUGCCGACCUGAAAGAAUUCCACGACUGGUUUGCCAGGCCAGAGUCACAGAUCCUCGAGCAUGGCCGGGAGCAGAUGGACGAGGAGGCCCGCGCCAUCAUCUCCAAGUUGCACAAAGUUCUGCGACCGUACCUGCUGCGGCGCUUGAAGGCUGAUGUGGAGAAACAGAUGCCUGCAAAAAUUGAGCACGUCGAGUUCUGCCGUCUGUCCAAACGUCAAAGAGAAUUGUAUGACGGCUUCCUGGCUCGCUCCGAGACCCGGGACACCUUGUCGUCGGGUAAUUACCUCUCAAUCAUCAAUUGUUUGAUGCAGCUGCGCAAGGUCUGCAACCACCCUGACCUCUUUGUCGAUCGGCCCAUCAUGACAUCCUUCCGCAUGGAAAAAUCUGUUGCUGCUGAUUACGAGGUCACCGAACAAUUGCUGCGCAAGAAAUUGCUGGCACCGAAGCCCAUGACUUCCGUCAACCUUGGUUUCCUGAACCUGGUCCCGACGCAACACGAAGACUUGUCCAACACAGUUGCAGAACGCGUCAACCAGCUGAGCUCGAACAGGGUCCUCCUGGAUUUGCGCGAGACCCAGCGGAUCAGGGGCCAGGCAUCACACCACACCCUCGACCCUUCAACCGUCAAGUCCACCAUUGGGUUUUUGGACAGCGCCGCCCGUUGGGGUCGGUUCGAGGAACUGCAACACUGCGUCUAUUUAAACGCCUUGCGUAGGCAGCAACGGCCGAUAUAUGGGAAGCGCCUACGUGAGUUCCUCACAAUCGGCGCAGAUAAGCGACCCUACAGACCUCGGCCCAGGGUUCCUAAGUUGGUCAUGAGCUGGUUUGAAGAGGACUCGUUUAUCCUGCGGACGAUGAUACCGACACUGGACCAGCGUGCUGCGUCCAUGGAACGGACAAUAUCCAAGUUUGCCUGCGUCACCCCUGCUGUCGUCACGAGAGACAUGGAGCCAUUCCUGCUCGGCUGGAAAGGUGUCCAGGCGUUCGGCGACGCUGACCUGCGCCUGUCAGCACCUGUUAGACGCCUUCCCUUUAUCCCUCCCGAGCGACCUAUUGAUCCCUGGCACGAGUCUCGCAUGCGGCUGUCCAUUCAAUUUCCAGACAAGCGUCUCCUGCAAUACGACUGUGGCAAGCUGCAAGCCCUGGAUAAGCUUCUCCGCAAGCUCCAGGCCGGCGGCCAUCGUGCAUUGAUAUUCACCCAGAUGACCAAAGUUCUCGAUAUUCUUGAGCAGUUCCUCAAUAUCCACGGCCACAAGUACCUCCGCCUCGAUGGGUCUACCAAAGUAGAGCAACGUCAGAUACUGUGCGACCGUUUCAACGUUGACGACCGCAUCCUCUGCUUCAUCUUGUCAACGCGAUCAGGCGGCCUUGGUCUCAACCUCACUGGUGCCGACACUGUCAUAUUCUAUGACCAAGACUGGAACCCUGCCAUGGACAAGCAGUGCCAAGACAGGUGCCACCGCAUUGGGCAGACUCGAGAUGUGCACAUCUAUCGCCUUGUCAGCGAACACACCAUCGAGGCCAAUAUCCUGAGGAAGGCGAGCCAGAAGCAGAUGCUCGACGAUGUCGUGAUCCAGGAGGGUGCUUUCACGACGGACUACUUCAACAACCGGCAUGGCGAGUUGUCAGUACAGGAGGUCGCCGGUGGCCUGAUGGGUGAGCACGAUGCGGCUGCCAACGCAGCGAUGGACCUCGUCCUCGGCGGCGUCGACAAAUCCGACACCCGUACCGCCACGAAAGCACUCGAACAAGCUGAAGAUACCGAGGAUGUCGUUGCAGCACGGGCCGCCGAAAGGGAGAUCCUGCAGGACGACGCAGACUUCUCCGAGACGAAACCCGGGUCCGGGGCCGCCAGCACUCAGCAGGGCACGCCGCGGGAAGGAUCACUUGCCCCCGGCCGGUCCGGCCUGGGUCUGUUUGUCGAGGCCGCCGAGACGCCCGCUGCGGAGGAGGCGGAGCCAGAGUACAACGCCUUCGGCGACAAGAUCCACAACAUCGACGAGUACAUGGUGGCGUCCAUGACCAAACAGCUCGAGGGCACCACGCUGGACCUGCCCAAGGACAAGAAGAAGGGGAAGAAGAAGGGCCGUGACACAAGGAGGCGCUAG